ACAUGUGAUAUAUAUGAUAUAACAUCUGCAGCUUGAAAUAGAUAAUACUACUUAUUUUGGGACUACACUGUACAAUUGUUGGACCGUUGAGGAUUGCGUAACUAAAUAGGAACCGUUAAAUUUUGUCGAAGUUUCAGGGGGAUUUUUUUUCGAGUAACACAGGGUAGAGCUGUCAAAUUUGAUAUGUGGAUAGCUAGCUUUUAAAUUGUUCUAAUCCUGUUGUUUCAGACCUCCAAUCGGUGUCCUCAUCUUGAUGUGAUGUCGGAUAAACGUCAGCGUGCAAGGGUCCAGGGCUCUUGGGCCAAACCACUGCCCAAACAACCACGUCCAACAGGAGCAAUUCCCAAUUCCAGCACUGUUGUGAUACCAAGUGCCAAUCCACCACCUGCUGGUUGGGGAGUGGGACAGCGGAUGUUUGAGUAUCAACAGCCCGCUAAGCCAGUCAGAGAUGUCCCUAUGGAGAAGGUGAUGGAAAUGGGGGGUGAUUAUGAGAUCAGCCAUGGUCCAUCAGGAGUGUCAAGACUGAGGCUGAUCCAUGGGUUCCUACCACCAGAGGAGGCUGACUGGGCCUUCAGUAAACUGCUAGCAGAGCUGCCUUGGUCUCAAAAGACUAACUACAGACAAGGUGAGGCCUACGAGGAGCCCAGGUUAACCUGCUGGUAUGGAGAACUCCCUUACACGUAUGCCCACUCUACUCUGGAGGCCAACGCACAGUGGCACCCGCUGCUGGUCACCCUGCGCUGCGCCGUAGAGAAGGCGAGUGGCCACCGUUUCAACUCGCUGAUGUGUAACCUGUAUAGGAACUGCAAAGACAGCAUCGGCUGGCACAGUGACGAUGAGGCUGCGCUGGGCACCCGGCCCACCAUCGCCUCCCUCAGUCUGGGAGACAUGAGGGUGUUCAGCCUCCGCAAGCAGCCUGCACCGGAGGAGGACGGGGAUUACACUUAUGUGGAGAGGCUGCGGAUCCCUCUAACUCACGGCACUCUCCUGAUGAUGGAAGGAGCCACUCAGGAUGACUGGCAGGUCCCUGGCGGCUCUGCACUCCCAGAGCAUGUGCCUCACCGACUCAUCUUGGCCGCAGCCCGGUCGGGGGCACGCGGAUGUCCUCGCCAUGCCCCGUGAGUGCAUAACGGCCCUGACCGGGAGGAUCUCGUGGGCGACCAUCCAGGACAGGUCCCGAUGCCGAUUCAGGAGUGCAGGAUGGGCCACGUUGCGCCAGACCGUUGUGGGCUCGCCUAUAGCGAGCCCGCGCACUGGACACACUGGUUCCCGUUCCUGCACAAGAGAGAGAAGAGAGCGGUGUUUAGUUAAAACCGUGACUGCUUCCUUUUCCAGUUUGAAAUGUCUUAAAAAUUUCUGGAGCUGGACGUAGUGGGUGGGGAGCAUGAAAGAGACUGGGGCUCGCAGGUCGACUGGGAUCAGCCUCAGAGUCCUGAGGUAAGAUCCCAGCCAGAACCGUGCGAGGGCCUGUGUCUUGUUAUUGACCGGGGAGGUGGCCAGAGUCAGAUGUAACGCUGUGUAGCGGCUGCCCAGGAACAAGUAGAGGUCAGGCAAGCCUUUCCCCCCCUUGGACCUGGGCCUCUUGACCACCUCCCUCCUCAGCCUCUCCCACUUGCUUCCCCACAGAAAGUAGAACAGCAUCCGCUCCAGGGCUAAAAUACUCCUUCGGGGGGGGAUAAAAACAGAACUGAUUAAUAAAAGCACAGGUAAAAUCACAGCUUUUAUGAUUAAAACCUUGCCCUCAAAAAUCAGCUGUCGUAGUCCCCAAAAACCCAGUCUCUGUCUUACUGUCCCCAGCUCAUCAAACCAUUGUUCCACUCAUGCCCGUUGGAUGUGAGCAUUGUCUUCUUAUGUGGGGAGCCAAAAAUAAUGGCCUGCCCAUCAUUUUUAUACAUGACCCUAAGCAUGAUGGGAUGUAAAUUGCUUAAAUAACUCCGUGACCACACCUGUGUGAAAGCAACUGCUUUCAAUAUACUUUGUAUCCGUCAUUUACUCAAGUGUUUCCAAUAUUUUUAACUUGUGUGUCCCACACAGGAUGACUUGCAGGUAAGCCAGGCCAAUUAAACACAGGGACACGCCCCAACAACACCAGGUCGUGUUCAUUAGGCCACGCAAUGGAAAACAUUUAAAAACAGAAAACAAAAGUAAUUUUUGCAUUGUGUGGGUAUAUAUGUGUGUGUAUAGUACAUAUCUCCAACCACACAGUACCAAUAUACUCAGUACAUAUCUCCAACCACACAGUACCAAUAUACACAUUAAAUAUAUAUAUAUAUAUAUUACAUUUUGUUGUCAAGUUACACACAUUAAUGUAAAAGUGAGUUUAUAUUUAUUAGGGAUAUUUCUUAUUCACAAUUUACAUUUCACAAAUACAUAUUGACAAUUGAGUUAGCUAGCUUUAAAGCUCAUGUUCAUUUAUAGAUCAUGGUCCCCCAAGAACAAAUGACCGAACAUGUACAGUACCAGUCAGAAUUUGACACACCUACUCAUUACAGGGUUUUUCAUUAUUU